CCUCGGGCCAGACCGCCUGCGGCCACAGACCGGCCAGGAACUGCGGGGAUCGCCGGCGGUGGCACCGACGCGACGACGCGGCGUGCUGGGGAGGAAGUGACGGAGGACGCCGCCUGACGGAUCUUCGGACACAUCAGGACACGGAGACGAAAGCAUGGCUGGCUCUGAGCAAGUUUCGGAGAAGUCUGUCGCAACAGAGGAUCGCACCAACGAAACGGAGAUGGGGCCAGUGGUCCCUGCGGUUCUCACAAGUCCCGCACAAGCUACUGAGAAAGUUAACGAAGUACCAGAUAACCAUGAUGGUCUCGCCGGUUUCCAGCUGCUUCGUCAGGUUUUGGUGGGUGUCAUGGUGGCCAUGAUCACGGUCUCCACGAGUGCCAACAGCGCGGCGGCCGUAAUGCUGCCGCAGCUGCUGUCAAACGCGUCCGACAUUCCUAUCACGGCCGAACAGGGCAUAUGGUUCGCGAGUGCCCAUACCCUGUCUGCGGCCGUAUGCUCCACCAUGGGCGGCAUGGCGGUUCACCACCUGGGACCUCGGAGGGUGCUGCUGCUGCAGGCCCUGCCGACCAUCGCCGGAUGGCUGAUGCAGGCCCUCGCCAACGGCUACCCCCUGCUGCUCGUUGGGCGCUGUCUGGUGGGCGGCGUCACUGGGUUUUCACUCAGCGCUGGCCAGGUAUACCUGGGAGAGUCAUCAUCGCCCCAGAUCCGCGGGCGGCUGGUGUGCAUCAUCGGCUUCUUCAACAACCUGGGCAGCAUUAUUUGCUACGUCGUCGGCUACCUCCUGCCCUGGCGCUGGGUGCCUGCGGCGUACAUCAUUGUGUUCCUUCUGCCGAGCAGUGUGGGAAUGCUGCUGGUACCCGAGUCGCCCUACUGGCUGCUGGGCAAACAGAAACAUCAGCGGGCCCGUCGCAGCCUGCGGUCCCUGCGCGGAGACCCAACUGUGGCCGACAGAGACAUGGAAAUCAUCACAGAAGCCUCCAAAAGUCGUCACAGGGCGCUAACACUACGCGAGCUGGCGAAAGAGAUGAAGAAAGUUUCGGUGCUAGCGCCUUUCUUGACAAUCACAGCGUUAUUUGUUCUGCGAAUAAUGGCAGGCAUCAUGACUGUUCUCACAUAUACGGUUGUAAUUUUCCAAGAAACGGGCUCGGCGCUUAACGCCUACCAGUCUUCCAUCGUGCUCGGCUGCGUGCGAAUGUUCAACUCGGUGUGCUGUGUGAUAUACGUGAGUGACCGUUUCGGCAGACGUCCGCUGCUCAUGUUUUCGGGGAUCGGCUGUACGCUGACGUCGCUCGGCAUGGCGGCGUUCCUGUUUGCCAGGGACCAGACGCCCGAGUGGACCGGAUGGCGCCACAUCUCGUGGCUGCCCCUGCCGCUAAUCCUGUCGUAUGUUGUCGCGUUCGACUUCGGGUUUGCCCGUACCGGGUGGGUGGUGCACGCCGAGAUUUUCCCAAACCGGGUCCGCUCGGCACUGGCAGGAUUCGGUGUCCUGGUUCACUUUGUCACGUCUUUUGUGUCAAUUUUGGCAUUCCCGUACAUCAGAGACGCGUUCACACUAGCGGGAGCCUUCUUUUCCUUUGCUUUCUUUAGCUUCCUUGGGCUGCUGCUCACGAUGUUUUUCAUACCCGAGACGAAAAAUCAGCGCUUAGAAACGAUAGAGGCAUUUUUUGUGAGACGUUUUGGUGGUCAUCAAACAGACAAUGCAAAAAACGGCGAAAGUUAGAUACGAAUUGAACAAGUCACCUUGAUUCACAUACAUAUAUAUGCUAUGGAUAUCUCAAUAAAUGGAAAUGUGAUUAA